UGCCUGGCUCUCUCGCCGGCGCGGCCGGCAUCGGCGGUGUCUCCUGCCGACGAGGAGUCGGAGAGAGAGGCGGCGAAGUUGGACCACCAGCCGGUCGCCAUAUCCUCUCGAAAGCACCCUGGAAGGUGAACCGUUCGGAUCCUCCCAAAUGUCAGGGAAAACCCAUGUCAAUUCCUCUAUGACAUGCAUGGCCCACUCACGUGGGUCCCAGCUGCACAGUCUAAGAAAGUUCAGUGUAUAUGUACUGGAGCCUGGAGUACUACUUCACAUUUUGGAAGUUCAGUGGUGUGUUUCACAAGAAUCAUAACGAAGAGCACAGCACAUCAUGCGUUCCAACUUCCAGUGCUCACAUGAAGUUUUGGUGAAUUGAUUUCUUCCCCCUCAUAGCGAUUCUCGCAAGGUUCUUCAGAUUCCUCUGUCCCUCCGAGGGGGAGGAGGAGAGAUCGAUCACUCAACCCAGAAGGAAGCUAGGAUGGAUUCUGAUAGCUGCAAAAGGCGGAAGCAUGAAAGCGGUCACGAUAGCUCUUCACGGGUCCAGUCCCAGUCAAGCAUCCUUAGUCGUAACAGAAUUUUGUGUCAUCAGUUGCUUGAACAAUGCGAUGACUUGAAGUAUGGGAGCUCCACGAAUGAUUACAAGGCAAUCAGUAUGAAGCGGCUUGAACUUAUCAGCAUCCUACAAAAGCUGCAAGAAGUACCUAUCCAGUUGCCAUAUGCCAGUCCACUCAAGUCAUCAGAAACAAAUCGCCUUGUGCAAGAUGGAAGAAACUCUAGUUGUCGUAAUAUAAUUGACUUGGAUUCAGACAAUGAUGAAGAUUAUACUUUUGCUAAUGUGGACAAUAUUGGUGCUAACACAACAGUUGUUUUAGUUGAUUCUGAUGACGGGGACAGUGUUGCAUCCUUUGUAGAUGAAAAAUCAUCUGAUUCCAAGCAAAAUGCGAAUUAUAUUGAAGAAAGCGUUCUGCCUGAGCAGCAUGCCCAACAACAGGAAAUCUCCAUGCUGGAUAAUGAAAACAUCAGUUCUGAAGCACAAGCAGUUAAGAAAGGAAAGGAUAGUAUGGACAUCAACGAUGUUAUUUACAACAAGAGUGGUCAUGAGGAGAUAGGGGAAGAGGAAGCACAAGCUGAAAAUGUCCAGAUAAAAGGGAACUUAAAGAAAGAGAUCAUCUCUGUUGCUUCUGAUGAACUAGCUUGUGAAGUUAUGCGCAGUCAGUCACCAACCAAUGGAAAUUUUGAUCAAUAUGACAACAGCAGCCCAGUUGAUGAGCUGGAAGGACUUUGGAUGGACAUGUACCUUGCAAUGGCAUGUUCAAAGACUGUUGGAAGCGAUCAUAACAUUGUCCCAUCAGAGAAUUCUUGUGAACAAGCAGAGGAUGAAUGCCAGCACGAUUUCCUGAUGAAAGAUGAUUUGGGCAUUGUCUGUCGUGUUUGUGGUCUGAUCCAGCAACGUAUUGAAAAUAUUUUUGAGUACCAGUGGAAAAAGCGGAAGCAAUCGUACAGAGCACGUCCCUCAGAACACAGAAAUUCUAGUGAUGCAGAUGCAAUUGACAAAACUUCAGGAGCUAUUCUCGAAGUGGUCCCUGAUGCUCUAUGCCUCCACCCUCAACAUUCACAGCAUAUGAAACCUCACCAAGUGGAAGGUUUCAAUUUCCUGGUCAAGAACUUGGCAGAUGAGAACAACCCUGGUGGCUGUAUUCUGGCACAUGCACCAGGUUCUGGGAAGACUUUUUUGAUAAUUAGUUUUGUCCACAGCUUCCUAGCCAAAUACCCUGCUGGAAGGCCAUUGAUUAUUCUCCCAAAGGGAAUUCUAUCAACAUGGAGAACCGAAUUUCUUCAUUGGCAAGUUGAUGAUAUUCCUUUGUAUGACUUCUACUCCUCCAAAGCUGACAAACGGUCUGAACAACUCAAAGUUUUGAACUUGUGGGAGGAGAGCAGAAGUAUCCUGUUGUUGGGCUAUCAACAGUUUGCAUGCAUAGUUUCUGAUCACACUUCUGAUACAGAAGCCAUCAUGUGCCAGGAGAAGUUACUGAAGGUCCCGAGCCUUGUCAUUCUAGAUGAAGGACACACUCCAAGAAACGAGGAAACAGACUUGCUCACUUCACUGGAAAACAUCCGAACUCCUCGUAAAGUAGUCCUCUCAGGAACCUUGUUCCAGAACCAUGUGAGGGAGGUUUUCAACAUUUUGAAACUUGUCCGAUCCAAAUUCUUGAAGAUGGACAAAUCUCGUGCUAUUGUUAACUGCAUACUAAGCAAGGUGGACUUGAUGGGGAAGAGUGCACGAUCAAAGAAUAUCUCAGAUAAGGACUUCUUUGAUUUGGUUCAAGAACACCUUCAGAAAGAUGGAAAUGACAAGAUGAGAGCGGUGAUUAUCCAAAAUCUUCGUGAGCUAACUGCAGAUGUGCUUCACUAUUACCAAGGCAAGCUUUUGGAUGAGCUACCUGGAAUUGUGGACUUUACAGUUUUUCUCAAUAUGAGUAGCAAACAGGAACAUAUUAUUAAGGGCUUGGAUGGAAUAAAUAAAUUUGCGAAACGCUCGAGAUGCAAUGCCGUUUCUCUUCAUCCAUGCUUGAAGAAUGCCAAUAAAGCUGAUGCAGAUGAUGGAAAUGUCACCAAUAGGAAGAUCGGUUCCAUCAUAUCCGGAAUUGAUAUCAACGACGGGGUGAAGGCCAAGUUUGUACACAAUCUGUUGUCUCUUUCAGAAGCCACGGGAGGGAAGGUACUCGUGUUCAGCCAGUAUGUGCGCUCUUUGAUUUUCUUGGAAAAGCUGGUCAGUAGAAUGAAAGGAUGGAAAUCAGAGGUACAUAUUUUCAGGGUUACUGGUGGCUCAACUCAGGAUCAGCGUGAGCAAGCAGUCCAUAGAUUCAACAACUCACCAGAUGCUAGAGUCUUCUUUGGCUCCAUCAAGGCAUGUGGCGAGGGCAUCUCCCUCGUUGGCGCGUCUCGUAUAGUGAUCUUGGAUGUCCAUGAGAACCCUUCAGUGAUGCGCCAGGCGAUUGGCCGUGCCUAUAGGCCAGGACAGUCUAAAAUGGUGUAUUGCUACCGCCUCGUCGCUGCUGAUUCGCCUGAGGAGGAUGAUCACCACACCGCCUUCAAGAAAGAACGAGUGUCGAAGCUGUGGUUCGAGUGGAAUGAGCUCUGCAGCAGUGAUGAUUUUGAGCUCGCAACGGUGGAUGUUUCAGAUAGCGAGGACAGGUUCCUUGAAAGCUCUGCAUUGAAACAAGAUAUCAAAGCCCUAUUAAAAAGGUGAAUACCACCAUUGAAUGCUGACCAGUGACCAACAUGUGACGAAGAACUAGGGGGAGGAAUUAAAAACAACCUGAGCAAGUUUUCUGUGAUCUUUUGAAGUGUUUGGCAGAUGGUAUGCAGCAUGCUAAGUUGAAUACUAAUGCAAAAUGGGGCACACUACAUAUACUAGUUAUCAAGUGUAAGAAUUAAGAUGCUUUUGAUUGACCUUUCGCAUUAUAAGUUCCUGGACAUAAUGAGAUUCUCUUGUAUUCAAGUACUGCCAGUUUGAUAUAUGACCAUUAAAAUGACUAUUGCACUUA